AUGGUUGUUUUCGACGGCCACGAGUACCUCACUGAGGAAGAGAAGCGCCUCAAGGAGGACCGCAACCGUGAGAAGUAUUGGAAGAAAUGGGGACCGUAUGUCUCUGAGCGCCAAUGGGCCACGGUACGCGAGGAUUACAGUCCGGAUGGCGACGCCUGGAGUCAUUUCCCGCACGCCCACGCGCGCUCUCGAGCUUUCAGAUGGGGUGAAGAUGGUAUUGCUGGUGUCUGCGACACACAUGGCUACCAAAACAUUGGUUUCACUUUCUGGAACGAGGAAGAUGACUUUCUAAAGGAACGGUUGUUUGGCUUGUCGAAUCCUCAGGGCAACCACGGCGAAAGUGUCAAGGAGGCUCAUUUCCAUGUGGACAAUACCCCUCACUCUUACAUGAAAUUCCUGUACAAAUACCCCCAGAAGAAAUUCCCCUACGAAGACCUGAUCGAAGAGAACGGCCGACGCUCCAGAGAAGAGAAAGAAUACCAGAUCAUCGAUACUGGCGUGUUUGACGAAGACCGCUACUGGGAUAUUUAUAUCGAGACCGCAAAAGAGACGGACGAUGCCGAGGAGCUCCUGUUCCGUGUGACAGCAUGGAACAGAGGUCCCGAUCCCGCACCGCUCCACAUCAUUCCCCAUGUGUGGUUCCGUAACACUUGGAGCUGGGGUAGAGAGCCCGCGGACAAGAAGCCUUCGAUCGAAAUCAACGAAGAGGCUGGCGCGAAAUCACAGCAUCACUACUUGGGUAAUAGGUACUUCAACUGCUCCCCUUCGCCUGGUGUAGGAUCCAGCGGCGAUGAUGUUCUUCCAAAGAUGAUGUUCACCGAGAAUGACACCAACUUUGACAGUCUUUACGGCCAGAAGAAUGCUCAGCCAUAUGUAAAGGAUGCGUUUCACCGGUACAUCGUGGACGGAGAGAAGGAUGCUAUCAACCCGUCCCAGAAGGGCACCAAAUGUGCUGCUUGGUUCAACUUCAACGAGGACGGCGGUGUCAAUCCUGGCGAAUGUGCGGUUGUUCGCUUCCGAUUCUCACAAAAAGACCAGACCUAUGUCGACGAGGAGCUUUUCGAUGAGAUCAUCGAACGCCGGAGAGAGGAGGCUGAUGACUUCUACUACAGGCUCAGCCCGCUGCCCAUCUCCGAUGACAUGCGAAACAUCCAAAGGCAAGCCUUCUCUGGAAUGAUGUGGACGAAGCAGCAUUACCUGUUCAUCUGGGACCAAUGGGCGAACGGCGACCCUGCGAUGCCACCGCCCCCUGACAGUCGAAAGAAUGUUCGUAACUCGCAGUGGAAGCACAUGCAUUGUGACGAUAUCCUAUCGAUGCCAGACUCGUGGGAAUACCCCUUCUUUGCUGCAUGGGACAGCGCUUUUCACUGCAUUCCUCUUGCGAUGAUGGACCCCGACUUUGCUAAGAAGCAGCUCGAUCUAUUCACAAGGGAAUGGUACUGUCAUCCCAAUGGACAGCUGCCAGCGUACGAAUGGAACUUUGGUGAUGUAAACCCGCCCGUCCAUGCCUGGGCCACGUUCAGGACAUUCAAGAUCGAGCGCAAGAUGUAUGGCCGCCAAGACAUAGACUUCUUGGAGCGCGUGUUCCAGAAGCUGCUUCUCAACUUCACCUGGUGGGUCAACCGUAAGGACGCCGACGGCAAGAACGUCUUUGAGGGCGGUUUCCUCGGCUUGGACAACAUCGGCUUGUUCAACCGUUCAGAGCCGUUGCCCACUGGAGGUGUUCUCGAGCAAGCUGACAGCACGGGCUGGAUGGCCUUCUACUGUCUCUCCAUGCUCAAUAUUGCUCUCGAGCUGGCCAAGCACCGCCGGACGUACGAGGAUAUUGCGUCCAAGUUCUUCGAGCACUUCAUCUUCAUCAGCGAUGCCAUGACCUUCCGCAUGGGCUCCAAGGACGAGCAGUCGUUGUGGAACGAAGAUGACGGCUUCUACUACGACGCAAUCUCUUGGGGCGGGCCCUGGAUGAAGCAACUGCCCGUCCGCUCGCUGGUGGGUCUUAUCCCACUGUACGCCACUGCCACUCUGGAGCCGGAGCUUAUGAACAAGCUUCCGUCGUUCAAGAAGCGUGUCGAGUGGUUCGUCAAGAACCGCAAUGACAUGGCUGAGAGGAACAUGGCAAGUAUCGCCAAGCGUGGCAAGGGUGAUCGUAUUCUCCUGUCGAUUGUGAGCAAGGACCGCCUCGAAAAGAUUCUUAAGAGGAUGCUUGAUGAGGACGAGUUCUUCAGUGAGCACGGCAUUCGAUCGCUCUCCAAGUACCACAAGGAACACCCUUUCUCUAUGGAUGUUAAUGGGCAAGUGUUCGAAGUUGGGUAUGUGCCUGGUGACUCCCUGAGCGGCUUGUUUGGCGGCAACAGCAACUGGAGAGGACCUAUCUGGCUCUGUGUCAACUUCCUUCUCGUCGAGUCCCUGCAGAGAUUCUUCCUCUUCUACGGCCACGAGUUCCAGGUCGAAUGCCCAACGGGGAGUGGCGACUACAUGCACUUGGGCAAGGUCGCUGAGGAGAUCCAGCAUCGCUUGCAACAUUUGUUUGUGAGAAAAGAUGACGGACGUCGCAGCAUCAAUGCUGGCGACGAUCGUCUCGACUUUGAUGAGCACUGGAAGGACAACCUGUGGUUCCAUGAAUUCUUUGACGGUGACUCGGGUCGUGGUCUCGGUUCUACUCAUCAGUGCGGCUGGACGGGCCUGAUCGCCCGUCUGAUCCAUGAUACUGGAUUCAACUGUCGUCUGCCUCAGACUCCUCGCACCCCCUCUGUUGCGAUGUCACACUACUUCGAUGACAUUCUCCACCGGAGUCUUAACAACGGCACGCCUAAGAAAGGCAUGCGCCAUAUCCGUCGGUCGUCAACGGCACGGUCGAUCGGCGCCCGCAGCGACUUUGAUGACUCUGUCAACGAUGAAGAAGAUGUUCGCUCUACGACGGCGUCUAUCUUCCCUAGUGAUGACCCGGAAAGAGUCCGCGAAAAGGAGGAGGCGGACUCACACAUGCACCGCUACGUUUCUGAUCAGUUAAACAAUUACAUGGAGAAUGGUAACUCAAAGGGCUACGUGGCUGGCGAUGACCUCGAGACGAAGGCGUCGGAGUAG